AUGGCAACCGCAAGAAAUAUAAGUCGAUUUUGGGAGUGGGGCAGGAAAAUAAUUUGUGUCGGAAGAAACUAUGCAGAUCACGCUAAGGAGCUGAAAAACGCUGUUCCCACAGAGCCCAUACUUUUCCUGAAGCCGCCGUCAGCCUACGUAAAAGAGGGGUCUCCCAUCCUGGUGCCCCUGUACACCAGUGACCUGCACCAUGAGGUGGAGCUGGGGGUGGUCAUAGGCAAAGGGGGCACCAGCAUCCCGCAGGCGGACGCUAUGGAGCACGUCGCUGGGUAUGCACUGUGUUUGGACAUGACUGCCAGAGACAUCCAGGACCAGUGCAAGUCCAAGGGUCUGCCCUGGACCAUGGCCAAGGCUUUCAACACGUCCUGUCCGGUCAGCGAGUUCAUCCCCAAAGAAAACAUCCCGGAUCCCUCUGAUGUCAAGCUGUGGCUGAAGGUCAACGACCAGCUGCGGCAGAGCGGCUGCACUUCUCAAAUGAUCUUCUCCAUCCCCUUUCUCAUCAGCUACAUCAGUGACUUCAUCACCCUGGAAGAGGGGGACCUCAUCCUGACCGGGACCCCCAAAGGCGUGUCAGCUGUGCAGGAGCAUGACGAACUGCAGGCUGGAAUAGAAGAUGUGCUGACCAUGACUUUUAAAGUAAACAGGCUAGAACUUUGA